AGAAAAUGUAUCUAUUCUAACAUUUCUAAGAAAAUGUCCAAAUUAGGACAUAGAUGACUAAAGAUGACCGGGUAGUGUGAGGUAUUUAUGCUCGAUGAGACAGGAGCUGAGGGCGUGUCUGUUCAGAUUGUAAAACUACCGUUAUCAGUUCGGUUUGAUAAUCCCAGUGAAGGAGACAUGUCUCAAAGCCCCGAAGAAGGGAAUUCUGAGGGAUCAGAAAGACUUGAAGAAGAUGAUCAACUGCUAUACGAUAACAAUAAAUUAUACAACUCCUCAAUGAGAGUGGAGGAGGAAGAUCAGAAAAUCCUCGUUCAUUUCGACGAAAAUGAGUCUACGAACUUCAGCUGGAAGAAACUUGCCGUUUUUAUGGGUCCGGGAUUUCUCAUGAGCAUCGCUUAUCUUGAUCCAGGCAACAUAGAGUCAGACCUUCAGGCCGGUGUUGUUUCUGGGUUUGAUCUGUUAUGGUUAUUAUUAUUAGCUCACGUAAUGGGGUUCCUUCUCCAGUGCCUUGCUAUCAGGUUGGGGGUGGUUACUGGGAACCACUUGGCGGAGGUGGCUCACGCUCAGUACCACGUGGUACCACGUGUCAUUCUCUGGAUCAUGGUAGAGAUUGCAAUUAUUGGCAGUGAUAUGCAGGAAGUAAUAGGUACUGCAAUAGCACUGUAUAUCAUAUCCAGUAAGAAGAUCCCUAUCUGGGGUGGGGUUCUGCUCACCAUCAUAGACACUUUCACUUUCCUUUUCCUCGACAAAUAUGGACUACGGAAGUUGGAAGCGUUCUUCUGUUUCCUGAUUGGAGUAAUGGCGGUUAUGUUUGGUAUGGAGUACUUCUGGCACCUCCCCGACCAGGUGGAGAUCGUUAAAGGGUUCGUCCCGGGCUGGGGUUCAGGACAUUGGGACACCACAGUUACUAUUCAAGCUGUGGGAAUGAUCGGCGCUGUUAUCAUGCCACAUAACUUCUACCUUCACUCUGCCCUCGUGCGAUCUCGUGAGAUCGACAGAACGAACAAGGGAGCAGUUAGAGAAGCUAACAAAUAUAACUCUAUUGAGUCAGGACUGGCCCUUGUCAGCUCAUUUGUAAUAAACUUCUUUGUGGUGUGCGUGUUUGCUAACGCGUGGUACUUCAACAACGGUCCUAAUAUGGACUGUAAAACUACUCUCAAUCUCACAGAUGAUUCAGUGGACCUCUAUAGCGCCGGAGAGUAUCUAGAAUGUAAGUUUGGAUCUGCUCUAAAAUACAUCUGGGCUAUUGGUAUCUUGGCUGCUGGCCAGAGUUCUACUAUGACUGGCACUUACUCAGGUCAGUUUGUGAUGGAAGGUUUCAUAAAACUGAAACUCCCUCGCUGGAAAAGGGUUCUGAUCACUCGGAGUAUUGCUAUCUGUCCGACAGUCAUCCUAGCAGUUGUCUCCAACAACAACAUCGGCGAGCUCUCCAACUUGAACGACAUCCUGAACAUUCUCCAGAGCAUGAUGCUCCCUUUUGCUCUGCUCCCCAUCCUCCAGUUCUCCAGCGACAAGGCCAUCAUGGGCUGGUGCAAGUCACCAAAGAGCAUUCUGGCUGUCAUCUGGAUUCUAGCUUUCCUGAUAUUUGGUAUCAACGUUUACCUGGUUGUUGCUUCUGUGAUAGGAUUCAAGCUGAGUCAUGGCUACAUAGCCCUAGUGGUGCUGAUCUAUGUUAUCUACAGUGUAAUUGUGGCCUACUUUCUCCUGCAAGCACUGAAGAUAAGGGUUCCUCUGCUAGAAAAGUGGUUCCCGUCACCCGCUAAUAGGGCUGAUAAUAAGAGAAAUGUGGCCGAUGCAGGACCUCAUCAGUUUUCUGAGAGUGAUAGAAUUAUUGAGAAUGAAGUGUUUGGAGGGUAGAAAGAGAAUUGAAAAUAUUUAGGUUUAUUUGAACACGAUUUACUGAUUUGGCUCUAGCAUACAUCGAUGAGGUUAUGUUUCGGUUGAACAACGAUCUUUAUUUUGACUGUUUUAAAUUAAAAUGAUGCCUGUAAUACCGCUGAAAUUAUUUAAAAAACGAUUCAUUUUUCUGUCGGUUAUGAUUUUAGUGAAUUUUUUACUAAACUCAGAUUAUUUUUUGAUUAUGAUCAGUUUGCUCACAGGGAAGUGCUCUGCUUGCCAGUGCUUUUAAGCUGCAAUUUCCGUCCCAUUUUUACUUUUAUGUUUUAAUUUUAUAUUAUUUAAUCUUCUGUAAAUUUGAGUUAUAAAAUGUAAUGAAGCAACGUUAACCCCUGAUUUUUGGUAAAAUUGUAUGUUUGAAGUCGAACUCUAAACUCACACAUGAUCGCAUAUAAUAU